AUGUACAUUUGGUUUACAAUCAUAGCCGGAUUGGCUAUUUUGCCUUUUCUUCUGAAAACGUUAUUCGAUCCAUACUUUGGCCAAGACUGUUCAUAUAUGUUCAAAACAAUCAAACUUGGAAUCAGGCUGCGAAAAUACAAAAAGAAAAAUCCUUUCUAUAGCAUUUUGGACUGCUUUUUGGACACGGUGAAGAAACACCCGAAUAAAACUUUCCUGCAUUUUGAGGGGACAUCACAUUCUUACAUCGAGGUGGAUAAACUGAGUAACAAGGUUGCAAGAGCAUUGAAGACUCACGCCAAUCUAAAAGAGGGGGACACGGUAGCUCUCUUUAUGGGGAACGAACCCUCUUACGCGUGGAUUUGGCUGGGCCUGGCCAAACUGGGCUGUGCAACCGCUCUGCUCAACUUCAACAUAAGGUCAAAAUCUCUGCUACACUGUUUCUCAUGCUGUGGGGCCAAAGUGAUCAUCGCAGCUGCAGGUGAGGAUUCCACUAUUCAUCCGUUUAAACAUCAGUUUCAAUGGGGGACUUUUAUUUUGAAGGCGAACGUCCGAUUCCACUAUUGUUUGCUCACGCUGUUGUUCGCGAUACACACACGUAGGUAAGGUUAGGUUCGGUUUGUCACUAGUAACCACAGCCACAAAGUCAUAAUUAUAUGGCUUAACCCCGCAUAUUUCUACAUUUUCGCUUAUAAAAAAUCUUAUUUUAAACCUAACAUUACCACACUGUUAACCUUAUGAAUAACCUGAAAUUAAGACAAAAAAAAUGAUAACCCAUUUUUACGAUAUAGCCAAUUUAACUAGUGAAAACCUUAAGGUUGGGGGGCAUGUGUUUCUAUACGACUAGGCCCUAGUCUAAGGGUAGGACUAGAGUAUAGCUUUCAAAACCCCUAAACAGCUAUUCCUUAUACUAGUGUGUUACAUUAGUAAGACUCCGAAAUGUGUUUGCCAUAGUGAUACCCGGGUCAGCUGCUUGUUUACCAAUACCCGCUCGCAAUGGUUAAUAACCCAUACACAACCGCCUGACUAUUUUAUUUUUCUAGGCAAGGCAGUUAAGAACAAAUUCUUAUUUACAAUGACAGUCUACCCCAGCCAAACCCGGACGACGCUGGGCCAAUUGUGCGCCGCCCUAUGGGACUCCCAAUCACGGCCGGUUGUGAUACAACCUGGAAUCGACGCCUCAAGCACUGAGAAAUUGCCUUAGAAAGUGCCUUAGACCGCUGCGCCACUCGGGAGCCCACUGAGUCAGACUAAAUGUGAUAAGGUGAAAAUCUGAUGGCCUAACCCGCUAAUAUAACAUAGCAUAAUAUAUAACAUAUAUAACGUGGUCCUCUGUAGCUCAGCUGGUAGAGCACGGCGCUUGUAACGCCUGGGUAGUGGGUUCGAUCCCCGGGACCACCCAUACACGAAAAUGUAUGCACGCAUGACUGUAAGUCGCUUUGGAUAAAAGCGUCUGCUAAAUGACAUAUUAUUAUUAUUAUUAUUAUUAUUAUUAUUAUUAUUAUUAUAUAGAAAAUGCGCCGUGCUAUAGUCAAAGACGGCGGAGCGAGUUUUUGACAAGGGGUGCAGGAUUUUUUUUUGCCUGAUUUAGAUGUGUUUCUGCUUAUAAUUUCCGACAUUUGUGUAGGCUAUUUGUUAGUCAACUUCUCUUCUGUCAUCAUUAUACAGUAUGUUGCCCUAGAACACUAAAUAAACCCUUGUUCACCAGAUUAAAAUAAUUAAUGAUUCAAUCUAGUUGUCAUCCGUAACGUUUUCUGUCAUCUUUCGCGGAGAAAUAUGGUUAGGGACCGGGGAGAAAAUGCAAUAACAUGAAAAACCGGUAAAGAUUUUUCUGUGCAAAAUUUCCAAAUUACAUCAGUUUAACCGGUUGUAGUGGAAUAGAAAGAUUUAAAAAUCACCCAACAUGUUUCUGAUACAUUUUCAGUUCGGCUUGGAUGCAUAUUUUAUGUGGUUAAAAUACUAUCAGCUUUUAAAGAUAGCGCCUCAACUACAGACAGUAUCUGAGCAUUCACAUUCUCAAGAUGCUGAAAUAUAUCAUAUUUCUCCGCUCCUGUUCCCGAGUCAACAUUUUUCUUACAUUUGGUGUAUAAUUUUACUACAAUAAAUGCUUAAUUCUGCAGGAGUUAAUAUUAAGGCUAUGUGAGAGGUUACAGACAUAAGGUCAGUGUCCAGAUUUCAGUUUCCAUUUAACCCAUCUGAACAUAAGGCUACAGUUCCCUUGAACUUCCCUAUUCGAAGUCCCCAUCUUGUGACUGUCAAAUUUGUAUAGUGCCUCACAAUCAUCACACAUAACAGCUAUCAUCCUCUUUUACCACUUCACCAAAUCUUUCCCAAACAUUACUGUUCUGACCCUCCCUUCUAUAACAUUAGACUACUGUUCUGACCCUCCCUUCUAUAACAUUAGACUACUGUUCUGACCCUCCCUUCUAUAACAUUAGACUACUGUUCUGACCCUCCCUUCUAUAACAUUAGACUACUGUUCUGACCCUCCCUUCUAUAACAUUAGACUACUGUUCUGACCCUCCCUUCUAUAACAUUAGACUACUGUUCUGACCCUCCCUUCUAUAACAUUAGACUACUGUUCUGACCCUCCCUUCUACAUUUUACAUUUUAGUCAUUUAGCAGACGCUCUUAUCCAGAGCGACUUACAGUUAGUGAAUACAUUUUUUUUAUUUUUUUUCAUACUGGUCCCCCGUGGGAAUCGAACCCACAACCCUGGCGUUGCAAACGCCAUGCUCUAUCAACUGAGCUACAUCCCUGCCGGCCAUUCCCUCCCCUACCCUGGACAACGCUAGGCCAAUUGUGCGCUGCCCAUGAGUCUCCCGGUCGCGGCCGGCUGUGACAGAGCCUGGAUUCGAACCAGGAUCUCUAGUGGCACAGCUAGCACUGCGAUGCAGUGCCUUAGACCACUGCGCCAUAACAUUAGACUACUGUUCUGAACCUCCCUUCUAUAACAUCAGACUACUGUUCUGACCCUCCCUUCUAUAACAUUAGACUACUGUUCUGACCCUCCCUUCUAUAACAUUAGACUACUGUUCUGACCCUCCCUUCUAUAACAUUAGACUACUGUUCUGACCCUGCCUUCUAUAACAUUAGACUACUGUUCUGACCCUCCCUUCUAUAACAUCAGACUACUGUUCUGACCCUCCCUUCUAUAACAUUAGACUACUGUUCUGGACCCUCCCUUCUAUAACAUUAGACUACUGUUCUGACCCUCCCUUCUAUACAUUAGACUCUGUUCUGACCCUCCCUUCUUAUAAAUCAGACUACUGUUCUGGCCCCUCCCUUCUUAUAACAUUAGACUACUGUUCUGACCCUCCCUUCUAUAAACAUUAGACUACUGUUCUGACCCUCCCUUCUUAUAACAUUAGACUACUGUUCUGACCCUCCGUUCUAUAACAUCAGACUACUGUUCUGACCCUCCCUUCUAUAACAUUAGAACUACUGUUCUGACCCUCCCUUCUAUACAUUAGAAUACUGUUCUGACCCUCCCUUCUAUAACAUUAGACUACUGUUCUGACCCUCCCUUCUAUAACAUUAGAAUACUGUUCUGACCCUCCCUUCUAUAACAUUAGACUACUGUUCUGACCCUCCCUUCUAUAACAUUAGACUACUGUUCUGACCCUCCCUUCUAUAACAUUAGACUACUGUUCUGACCCUCCCUUCUAUAACAUUAGACUACUGUUCUGACCCUCCCUUCUAUAACAUUAGACUACUGUUCUGACCCUCCCUUCUAUAACAUCAGACUACUGUUCUGACCCUCCCUUCUAUAACAUCAGACUACUGUUCUGACCCUCCCUUCUAUAACAUCAGACUACUGUUCUGACCCUCCCUUCUCUUUAUCUUCAACUCUCCAUUUUGCAGCUUUUCUCUUAUUGAAUUAAACUCAGACAUUGUCCUUUUUGCCUCCAUGGAUUGAAGUAAACUUUUUCUGCCCGUUCUAACAACAAGAGGGUUUUGUGUUGGAGCCUAUUUCUUCCUAUUCAACAAAUAAGAGGUAGACCUACGUUGUUUGACAGACAAAAUGAUAGUCUACUAUCCAUAGAUUUUGUCAUCCAAUUCCUUCAGUCACCACCAUGCACUCCUAAAAUGGACAAUGCCAGGGAAAGAUGUGACUCUGAUGCCUGUUGGGAUAUGAGGGUGAACUGCAUACCUAAAGGCUCUGGUCUGUGAUAUGAGUGAGGGUGAACUGCAUACCUAAAGGCUCUGGUCUGUGAUAUGAGUGAGGGUGAACUGCAUACCUAAAGGCUCUGGUCUGUCCUAGGAGUGAGGGUGAACUGCAUACCUAAAGGCUCUGGUCUGUGAUAGGAGUGAGGGUGAACUGCAUACCUAAAGGCUCUGGUCUGUGAUAUGAGUGAGGGUAAAUGGUAGGCAUGUCCUCUGCUAUCCACUUUAUGUUUUAACUAUUAUUUUGGGUAUAGUGGAGGGUCACUUUUUUUUUUCAUUUUUUUUUUCAGAGCGGUCCGGCUUUCUCCAGGUAUCCCUCAUUAUAAGUAACGUACAGUCCCUGAGGCCCUGAAGCUCAGGCGUUCACUCUAAUGCCAGAUAUCCUAAAAGAAUGAAAGAAAAACCUCAAUGUAGCCUAUAUAUAAAUUGCACAAGAAUGAAACAUUUAUUGAUGUUUUAAGGCAUUGUUUUCUCUUUAUUCAACCCGCCCGCCACCCAACCGCCCUUCAGCCAGUUGGGGAACCCUGCUCUAAGGAGUUGAGAGUAAUGUCACCUGUCUGUCUCUCUGUGUGUGUGUCUCUCCGUCUCCCUCUCUCCCUCCCUCUCUCCUACAGAGCUGAAGGAGGCAGUGGAGGAGGUUCUCCCUACACUAAAACAGCAGGGUAUCUCUGUAUACCUCCUGUCAGAGGAGUGCAGUGUAGAAGGCAUCAACCCCCUCUCAGAACAUAUCACCCAGGCCUCAGACGGACCCCUGUCAGCUGACCUCAGGGCCAACAUCACCAUCAAGAGCCCUGCACUCUACAUCUACACCUCAGGAACCACUGGUAAGCCCCUCAGUCCUCCUCUACACCUCAGGAACCACUGGUAAGCCCCUCAGUCCUCCUCUACACCUCAGGAACCACUGGUAAGCCCCUCAGUCCUCCUCUACACCUCAGGAACCACUGUUAAGCCCCUCAGUCCUCCUCUACAUCUCAGGAACCACUGGUAAGCACCUCAGUCCUCUUCCACACCUCAGGAACCACUGGUAAGCCCCUCAGUCCUCCUCUACACCUCAGGAACCACUGGUAAACCCCUCAGUCCUCCUCUACACCUCAGGAACCACUGUUAAGCCCCUCAGUCCUCCUCUACAUCUCAGGAACCACUGGUAAGCACCUCAGUCCUCUUCCACACCUCAGGAACCACUGGUAAGCCCCUCAGUCCUCCUCUACACCUCAGGAACCACUGGUAAGCCCCUCAGUCCUCCUCUACACCUCAGGAACCACUGGUAAGCCCCUCAGUCCUCUUCCGCACCGCAGGAACCACUGGUAAGCCCCUCAGUCCUCUUCCGCACCGCAGGAACCACUGGUAAACCCCUCAGUCCUCCUCUACACCUCAGGAACCACUGGUAGACACCUAUCAGCUACCUUAGUAAAGAAGACCGGGGCCUCUUCCAGAAACAAGCUGGGAGCUAGGACUGGAAGGGCCUAGGGCUGGAAGGGGAUAGGGCUGGAAGGGGAUAGGGCUAGAAGGGGAUAGGACUGGAAGGGGCUAGGACUGGAAGGGGCUAGGGCUGGAAGGGGCUAGGGCUGGAAGGGGCUAGGACUGGAAGGGCCUAGGGCUGGAAGGGGAUAGGGCUGGAAGGACCUAGGGCUGGAAGGGGCUAGGACUGGAAGGGGAUAGGACUGGAAGGGGCUAGGACUGGAAGGGGAUAGGGCUGGAAGGGCCUAGGACUGGAAGGGGCUAGGACUGGAAGGGGCUAGGGCUGGAAGGGGCUAGGGCUGGAAGGGGAUAGGGCUGGAAGGGAUAGGGCUGGAAGGGGAUAGGGCUGGAAGGGGAUAGGGCUGGAAGGGGCUAGGGCUGGAAGGGGAUAGGGCUGGAAGGGGCUAGGGCUGGAAGGGGCUAGGACUGGAAGGGGCUAGGGCUGGAAGGGGCUAGGACUGGAAGGGAUAGGGCUGGAAGGGGCUAGGGCUGGUUUCUUUAAGGGGCUCCUAGUCCCCUAAUAGAUCAAUUUGGAUGUAAAUCUGAAAUUACUUUUUUUCUCAUAUUGCUUAUACCUAUUGAAACUUUUCCUGGGGGUAGGAUUUGUUAUGCAUACGUCAUUCAAUGCACUGUGUCUAUUGUCUAUAGAUAACCACUGUCCUGUCUGACUGUAGGUCUACCUAUUGUCUAUAGAUAAUCAACUGUCCUGUCUGACUGUAGGUCUUCCUAUUGUCUAUAGAUAACCACUGUCCUGUCUGACUGUAGGUCUACCUAUUGUCUAUAGAUAACCCACUGUCCUGUCUGACUGUAGGUCUACCUAUUGUCUAUAGAUAACCCACUGUCCUGUCUGACUGUAGGUCUACCUAUUGUCUAUAUAUAACCUACUGUCCUGUCUGACUGUAGGUCUACCUAUUGUCUAUAGAUAACCACUGUCCUGUCUGACUAGAUCUACCUAUUGUCUAUAGAUAACCACUGUCCUGUCUGACUGUAGGUCUACCUAUUGUCUAUAGAUAACCACUGUCCUCCUGUCUGACUGUAGGUCUUCCUAUUGUCUAUAGAUAACCCACUGUCCUGUCUGACUGUAGGUCUACCUAUUGUCUAUAGAUAACCACUGUCCUGUCUGACUGUAGGUCUUCCUAUUGUCUAUAGAUAACCACUGUCCUGUCUGACUGUAGGUCUACCUAUUGUCUAUAGAUAACCCACUGUCCUGUCUGACUGUAGGUCUACCUAUUUUCUAUAGAUAACCCACUGUCCUGUCUGACUGUAGGUCUUCCUAUUGUCUAUAGAUAACCCACUGUCCUGUCUGACUGUAGGUCUACCUAUUGUCUAUAGAUAACCCACUGUCCUGUCUGACUGUAGGUCUACCUAUUGUCUAUAUAUAACCUACUGUCCUGUCUGACUGUAGGUCUACCUAUUGUCUAUAGAUAACCACUGUCCUGUCUGACUGUAGGUCUACCUAUUGUAUAUAGAUAACCCACUGUCCUGUCUGACUGUAGGUCUACCUAUUUUCUAUAGAUAACCCACUGUCCUGUCUGACUGUAGGUCUACCUAUUGUCUAUAGAUAACCCACUGUCCUGUCUGACUGUAGGUCUUCCUAUUGUCUAUAGAUAACCCACUGUCCUGUCUGACUGUAGGUCUACCUAUUGUCUAUAGAUAACCCACUGUCCUGUCUGACUGUAGGUCUUCCUAUUUUCUAUAGAUAACCACUGUCCUGUCUGACUGUAGGUCUACCUAUUGUCUAUAGAUAACCCACUGUCCUGUCUGACUGUAGGUCUACCUAUUGUCUAUAGAUAACCACUGUCCUGUCUGACUGUAGGUCUACCUAUUGUCUAUAGAUAACCACUGUCCUGUCUGACUGUAGGUCUUCCUAUUGUCUAUAGAUAACCCACUGUCCUGUCUGACUGUAGGUCUACCUAUUGUCUAUAGAUAACCCACUGUCCUGUCUGACUGUAGGUCUACCUAUUGUCUAUAGAUAACCACUGUCCUGUCUGACUGUAGGUCUACCUAUUGUCUAUAGAUAACCCACUGUCCUGUCUGACUGUAGGUCUACCUAUUGUCUAUAGAUAACCCACUGUCCUGUCUGACUGUAGGUCUUCCUAUUGUCUAUAGAUAACCCACUGUCCUGUCUGACUGUAGGUCUACCUAUUGUCUAUAGAUAACCACUGUCCUGUCUGACUGUAGGUCUACCUAUUGUCUAUAGAUAACCACUGUCCUGUCUGACUGUAGGUCUACCUAUUGUCUAUAGAUAACCCACUGUCCUGUCUGACUGUAGGUCUACCUAUUGUCUAUAGAUAACCCACUGUCCUGUCUGACUGUAGGUCUACCUAUUGUCUAUAGAUAACCACUGUCCUGUCUGACUGUAGGUCUACCUAUUGUCUAUAGAUAACCCACUGUCCUGUCUGACUGUAGGUCUUCCUAUUGUCUAUAGAUAACCCACUGUCCUGUCUGACUGUAGGUCUACCUAAAGCGGCUCUGGUGACCCAGGAGAGGUUGUGGACUGCGUCCUUUAUCCAAGCCAUCUCAGGAGUGACAUCCGAGGAUGUAUUCUAUAUCAACCUGCCCCUCUAUCACAGCGCCGGCUUCCUCAUCGGACUUACCGGGGCCAUCGAGAGGGGUAAUGUUAUGACUCUUAUUUUGAAAUGCUAGGGAUGAGUGUUGGAAGUUGGUGCAAGCUGUGCUAUACACACUGUGGUGCAAGACAUCAGAUUAUGUUUAUUCAACAUGUCAAUGUGUUUGUAUCUGUCCCUCCUCAAAUAAACAAUACAGAAAUGAGUCAUACGUAGUACAUAUCAGAGCAGGUUGAGUAUACUGCAUGCUGAAUGAAACCAUUAGAGACAUUAGUAGUUUUCACACUCAUACAUUCAACAUAGGUGGACGAUGUGUAUUGUGUUGCAAUAUUGUGUAGCUAUAUUGUAUUAUGUUGCUAUAUUGUUUUGUGUUGCAAUAUUGUAUUGUGAUAUUGUUGCAUAUGUAUAUGUGUAUUGUGUUGCAAUAUUGUAUUAUGUUGCUAUAUUGUUUUGUGUUGCAAUAUUGUGUAUUGUGUUGCAUAUUAUUGUGCAUAUGUAUUGUUGCUAUUGUAUUGUUGCAUUAUUGUUUGUGUUGCAAUAUUGUGUAUUGUGUUGCAAUAGUGUGUAUUGUGUUGCAAUAUUGUGUAUUGUGUUGCUAUAUUGUUUUGUGUUGCAAUAUUGUCUAUUGUGUUGCUAUAUUGUGUAUUGUGUUGCAAUAUUAUGUAUUGUGUAUUGUGUUGCAAUAUUAUGUAUUGUGUUGCAAUAUUGUGUAUUGUGUUGCUAUAUUGUUUUGUGUUGCAAUAUUGUGUAUUGUGUUGCUAUAUUGUAUUGUGUUGCAAUAUUGUGUAUUGUGUUGCAUAUUGUGUAUUGUGUAUUGUGUUGCAAUAUUAUGUAUUGUGUUGCAAUAUUGUGUAUGUGUUGCAUAUAGUUGUGUAUUGUGUUGCAAUAUUGUUAUUGUGUUGCAUAUUGUGUAUUGUGUUGCAAUAUUGUGUAUUGUGUUGCAAUAUGUGUAUUGUGUUGCAUAUAUAUGUGUAUUGUGUUUUUGGCAAUAUUGUCAUGUGUGUAUUGUGUUGCAAUAUUAUGUAUUGUGUUGCUAUAUUGUUUUUGUGUUGCAAUAUUGUGUAUUGUGUUGCUAUAUUGUUUUGUGUUGCAAUAUUGUGUAUUGUGUUGCAAUAUUGUAUUGUGUUGCUAUUAUGUGUUUUGUGCAAUAUUGUGUAUUGUGUUGCUAUAUUGUUUUGUGUUGCAAUAUUGUCUAUUGUGUUGCUAUAUUGUUUAUUGUGUUGCAUAUUGUGUAUUGUGUUGCAAUAUUGUGUAUGUGUUGCUAUUUGUGUUGCAAUAUUGUGUAUUGUGUGCAUAUGUGUAUGUGAUUGCGUGAUAUUGUUUUGUGUUGCAAUAUUGUCUAUUGUGUUGCUAUAUGUGUAUUGCGUUGCAAUAUUGUGUUGCAAUAUUAUGUAUUGUGUAUUGUGUUGCAAUAUUAUGUAUUGUGUUGCAAUAUUGUGUAUUGUGUUGCUAUAUUGUUUUGUGUUGCAAUAUUGUGUAUUGUGUUGCAAUAGUGUGUAUUGUGUUGCAAUAUUAUGUAUUGUGUUGCUAUAUGUUUUGUUUGCAUAUUGUUUUGUGUUGCAAUAUGUGUAUUGUGUUGCUAUAUUGUGUUGCAAUAGUGUGUAUUGUGUUGCUGUAUUGUUUUGUGUUGCAAUAUUGUCUAUUGUGUUGCUAUAUUGUGUAUUGCGUUGCAAUAUUGUGUUGCAAUAUUAUGUAUUGUGUAUUGUGUUGCAAUUAUUAUGUAUUGGUUAUGUGUAUUGUAUUGGUUGCUAUUGUUGUUGCAAUGUGUGUAUUGUGUUGCAAUUAUUGUAUGUUGCAAUUAUGUAUGUGUAUUGUAGUGUUGUAUAUGUUUGUGUUGCAAUAUUGUUAUGUGUUGCUAUAUUGUUGUAUUUGUGUUGCAUAUUGUUUUGGUUGCAUAUAUGUAUUGUGUAUUGGUUUGCAAUAUUAUGUAUUGUGUUGCAUAUUGUUGUAUUGUGUUGUAUAUUAGUUUGUCGUUUGUAUAUAGAUUGGUAUUGUGUUGCAUAGUGUAGUAUUGUGUUGCAUAUUUAUAUUAUGUAUUGGUAUUGGAUUGUAUAUUGUGUAUUAGUGUUGUACUAUAUGUAUUAUGUAUGCUUGUAUUGCAUAUUGUGUAUUGUUAUGUAUAUUGUUUUAGUUUGAUAUUGUGUAUUUGUAUUGCGUAUUGUAUAUUAUGUAUUGCGUAUUGUAUAUUAUGUAUUGCAUAUUGCGUAUUGUAUAUUAUGAAUUAUGUUUUGCGUAUUGUAUAUGUAUUAUGUAUGAUGUAUUAUGUAUUAUGUAUUGUAUAUUAUGUAUUAUGUAUUGCGUAUUGUACACUAUGUAUUGUGUAUUAUGUAUUGUAUAUUAUGUAUUAUGUAUUGCGUAUUGUAUAUUAUGUAUUGCGUAUUGUAUAUUAUGUAUUGCGUAUUGUAUAUUAUGUAUUAUGUAUUGCGUAUUGUAUAUUAUGUAUUAUGUAUUGCGUAUUGUAUAUUAUGUAUUAUGUAUUGCGUAUUGUCAAUUAUGUAUUGCGGUGCACGGUGAAAAGAUUACUUUGCUCUACUUUUAGAUAAUGUCUGAACAAGAUGGUGUUAGUCAGAAAUGUACCUAAGGAUAUAUUAUUAAAUAGCCAAUCUGUGGCAUCAUCUGUCUCCUAUACCAGGCAUAACAGUUGUCCUGAGGAGAAAGUUUUCAGCGUCUCAGUUCUGGGAGGACUGUAGGAAACAUAACGUAACGGUGAUGCAGUACAUCGGAGAGACCAUGAGGUACCUCUGCAACACUCCCACGGUAAAGGACACCUCGUCUAGGACACCGGUUCUGUGUAGCUCAGUUGGUACAGCAUGGCGUAUGCAACGCCAUGGUUGUGGGUUCGAUUCCCACGGGUGACCAGUACGGAAAUGUAUGCACUCACUAACUGUAAGUUGCUCUGGAUAAGUGCGUCUGCUAAAUGACAAAUGUAAAAUGUAAACGUCUAGUCAAGACACACUGACAGUAAUGGAAAUUGAUAAAUGUAUGUCACAUAAAGAAUGUUACAAAGGAGUCAGUCCAUAAUAAUAUAUCAUAAAUGCCACUUGGCAGAUGCUUUUAUCCAAAGCGAUUUACAGUACAGUGAGUCAGUACAUACGUUUUUAGUAUGUGUAGUGACUCCAGCAUAAUGCUGUAUCACUACAGUUUUUAUUUUAAAGUUACAGCCACCUUAUUGCCGUAGGGCUGAUGGUAAAAACUCAGACGACCUAGCAAAGUUAAAUUUAACGGCUUUUAAUUGGAGAAAAAAAUAUAUAUUCGAAACGGUUCACCACCCCUGUAACUGAUAUUUUCUGAACACCCGCUGUCUGUUGAGGUAGAAGAUAAAAUCACAAAUCAAUCUUCGUCGCGUUCUAUUUCCAGAAAGACAACGAGAAGGACCACAAAGUGCGGAUCGCCAUCGGCAACGGGGUCCGUUCAGACAUCUGGACAGAGUUUCUGAAUCGUUUUGGAGACAUAGCUGUCAGGGAACUGUACGCUGCCACUGAAGGCAACAUUGGCUUCAUCAACUACACCAGUAAGAUAGGAGUGGUAGGACGAAUCAACUUUCUCCACAGGGUAGGUAGUGAUCUGACCGUUGCCCCCUGCACAUUGACUCCGUACCGGUACCCCCUGUAUACAGCCUCCCUACUGUUAUUUUAUUUUACUGCUGCUCUUUAAAUAUUUGUUAUUUUUUAUUCUUAUCUAUUAUUUUACUUAACACUAUUAUUUUUUCUUCUUCUUAAAACGUAUUAUAAAACGUAUUAUUUAGUGUUACUUUUUUUUUACUUUAGAUUAUUUAGCAAAUAUUUCCUCACUCUGCAUUGUUGGUUAAGGGCUUGUAAGUAAGCAUUUCACCUGUUGUAUUCGGCGCAUGUGGCAAAUAACAUUUGAUUUGAUCUGACCUCUUAACACAAUUAAACCAGGAUAACUACACAUGGAUCACAUAAAUUAAAAUCAGUACCCUGAUGUGUAAAUGAUGUGCCUCCCAAACAGAAAAUAUAUAUGUUUUUGUAAUUGUGUUUCACUUUCAGAGACUGUUCCCCUAUACUUUGAUCAAAUUUGACAUUGAGAAGGAGGAACCUGUUAGGAACUCCAAGGGUCUGUGUAUCCAAGCAACCAAAGGUACCUUUUUAUUUCUGUUGACCUUUUACCCCACUGACUAGAAAAUGUGUCUAGCGUUGGACACUCAGUUUGUUUAUAAAUACGAUGUCUAUCAAAGUUCCAUUAGUUCAGGUAAACUCUGACAUGGAUUGGGUCCAAGUCAUUGCUUCAUAUUGUUGACAGAACAACGUUGGGAAAGGGGUGAAUUUGGGAACAGCGUCAUGUUGCAACUGCUUUCUCUAUAGGGCCAUAGUUUCUUCACUGCAUUUGAUUUGUGUUGACCUUUCCCCUAUUUACCUACCAACUGUGAACAUUCUAGCUUUGGACACUGUGUGUUUUAUGAUACAAGCGUUUCGCUACACCCGCUAUAACAUCUGCCAAACAAGCGUAUGUGACAAAUAAAAUUUGAUUUUGAUAUGAUGUGUAUCAAAGUUCCUUUUGGUUUGGGGAGACUCUGACAUGGAUUGGGUCCAAGUCAUUGCUUCAUAUUGAUGGACAGAACAACGUUGGGGUAAAGUAUGACCCAAUGUCAUCUUUGCAAAUAAGAACCUGGAGCCAUGUGUGUCAAGCGUCUCAAUAGGACUGCUUUAGGAUCAGUUUUUAGAUCACAAUGCAUACGUUUGUAUUUACGGGGGGGGGGUGCUAAUCCCAGAUCAGUUAUCCUACUCUUAGUCACUUGACACACAGUUCUUUAAAAAAUAUAUUGGGAGCAGCAUCAUCAUUAUCCUGAUCUUCCUUUUUCUUUUUUUUUAGGUGAGACUGGACUUUUGGUUGGAAAGAUAACCAAGAUAUCUCCCUUUGUUGGUUAUGCUGGUAACGAACAACAGACAGAGAAGAAGAGACUGAGAGACGUUUUACAGAAAGGUGACCUGUACUUCAACACUGGAGACCUGCUGAGGAUCGAUGAACAAAACUUUGUACAGUUUCAGGACCGUGUUGGUGACACUUUCAGGUAGGCAAUACGGAUGCCAAAAUUCCCAGGUUUUCCAGAAAUCCCAGUUGGAAAAUCAGGAGGAAAUAACCAGGAAAUCCGGAAUCCUACAACCAGGAAUUCUGGAAAAAUCUGGGAAUUUUGGUAAAGUUAUCAGAAUUUUGCAACCCUACACAGUAUGUCACUCAGGGUUCGAAUUACACAUCUCUUGGGGCUGCCAAACAUCUCUUGGGGUUGACCAACAUGGAAAUAUUUUUGUUAUUUCAGGUGGAAAGGCGAGAAUGUUGCGACAACCGAAGUGGCUGAUAUCCUCACAAUGGUGGACUGCAUCAAGGAGGCUAAUGUAUAUGGUGUGAAAGUUGAAGGUAAAUAAUUAUCUAUAUGGUCAGAUUUAGGAUGUUAACAGCUACUACUAAGUUAUAGGUUAUUACUUACAACGUUAUUAUAGGUUACUAUAAGAAGUGUGUUUCCUGUCAAACAAAUAUAGGGCUUACAGUUGAUGUAAAUUAUAAACGUUUUAGUUUAUAGGGUUGGUAUGCAUUGAAAUACAGUAGAUUUGGCUCUAGAUAUGUUAGCCAUUCAGUAGUAGGAGACUAUAUAAAAUGAAAGACAAUAGACUACUCAUCCAUACACAUACAAUAGACUUCUCAUCACCCUCUUUCACCAGUCUGAGGAUGCGUCCCAAAUAGCACACUAUUCCCUAAAUAGCACACUACUUUUGGCAAGGGCCCAUAGGGCUCUGUGUGCCCUAUAUAGGGUGCCAUUUUGGAAUGUAGUCUGAAAAACGUGUCUCUCCAGGUCACGAGGGGAGGAUUGGAAUGGCUGCCGUGAAGUUAGAAGAAGGGGAAGAGUUUGACGGCGCCAACACCUUCAGCCAAGUAGCCAACUACCUCCCUGCUUACGCAAGACCGCGCUUCAUUAGAAUACAGGUGAGCUUACCAUUUGUCACAUUUUUAAUCAUGUUUAAAGUGAGCUUUGUAUCCGUUUGUUAUCAUGAUUUAAUCAGUAUAACUAUCAAGCUAUUCUACUAUUGGAGUGUUCUUGUAACACCUCUGUCAUUCAAGUUGAAAAAUCUGUUGUCUUGAAGUAUAUUCAGCUCUUAAAAUAUACUUGUAUACUGUAUUAUACAAUUCCUUCAGAAAGUAUUCAUACCCCUUGACUUAUUCCACAUUUUGUUACGUUACAGCCUUAUUCUAAAAUUGAUUAAAUAAAUACCCCAUAAUGACAAAGCGUAAACAGGUUUUUAGACAUUUUUUGGCAGCGAUUACAGCCUGGAGUCUUCUUGGGUAUGACGCUACAAGCUUGGCACACCUGUAUUUGGGGAGUUUCUCCCAUUCUUCUCUGCAGAUCCUCUCAAGCUCUGUCAGGUUGGAUGGGGAGCGUUGCUGCACAGCUAUUUUCAGGUCUCUCCAGAGAUGUUCGAUCGGGUUCAAGUCCAGGCUCUGGCUGGGCCACUCAAGGACAUUCAGAGACUUGUCCCGAAGCCACUCCUGCGUUGUCUUGGCUGUGUGCUUAGGGUCGUCGUCCUGUUGGAAGGUGAACCUUCACCCCAGUCUGAGGUCCUGAGUGCUCUGGAGCAGGUUUUCAUCAAGGAUCUCUCUGUACUUUGCUCCAUUCACCUUUGCCUCGAUCCUGACUAGUCUCCCAGUCCCUGCAGCUGAAAAACAUCCCCACAGCAUGAUGCUGCCACCACCAUGCUUCACCGUAGGGAUGGUGCCAGGUUUCCUCCAGAUGUGACGCUUGGCAUUCAGGCCAAAGAGUUCAAUCUUGGUUUCAUCAGACCAGAGAGUCUUGUUUCUCAUGGUCUGAGAGUCCUUUAGGUGCCUUUUGGCAAACUCCAAGCGGGCUGUCAUGUGCCUUUUACUGAGGAAUGGCUUCCGUCUGGCCACUCUACCAUAAAGGCCUGAUUGGUGGAGCGCUGCAGAGAUGGUUGUCCUUCUGGAAGGUUCUCCCAUCUCCACAGAGGAACUCUGGAGCUUUCUCAGAGUGACCACCGGGUCACUCUGACAAUCGGGGGAGAAGGGCCUUGGUCAGGGAGGUGACCAAGAACCCAAUGGUCACCCUGGCAGAGCUCCAGAGUUCCUCUGUGGAGAUGGGAGAACCUUCAAUAAACUCAAUAUUAGGAAAUGUUCUUAAUGUUUUGUACACUCAAUAUGUGUGUGUAUGUACAGUUGAAGUCGGAAGUUUACAUACACUUAGGUUGGAGUCAUUAAAACUCGAUUUUCAACCACUCCACACAUUUCUUGUUAACAAACCUAUAGUUUUGGCAAGUUGGUUAGGACAUCUACUUUGUGCAUUUUUCUAACAAUUGUUAACAGACAGAUUAUUUCACUUAUAAUUCAGUUCAUAGAGCAUGGCAUUUGCAACGCCAGGGUUGUGGGUUCGUUUCCCACGGGGGGUAUGAAAAAAAUAAAUAAGUAAUGUAUGCACUAACUGUAAGUCGCUCUGGAUAAGAGCGUCUGCUAAAUGACUAAAAUGUAAAUGUAAAUGUAUCACAAUUCCAGUGGGUCAGAGGUUUACAUACACUAAGUUGACUGUGCCUUUAAACUGCUUGGAAAAUUCCAGAAAAUGAUGUCAUGGCUUUAGAAGCUUCUGAUAGGCUAAUUGACAUCAUUUGAGUCAAUUGGAGGUGUACCUGUGGAUGUAUUUUAAGGCCUACCUUCAAACUGUGCCUCUUUGCUUGACAUCAUGGGAAAAUCAAAACAAAUCAGUCAAGACCUCAGAAAAAAAAUUGUAGACCUCAACAAGUCUGGUUCAUCCUUGGGAGCAAUUUCCAAAUGCCUGAAGGUACCACGUUCAUCUGUAUAAACAAUAGUACCCAAGUAUAAACACCAUGGGACCACGCAGCCGUCAUACCGCUCAGGAAGGAGACGCGUUCUGUCUCCUAGAGAUGAACGUACUUUGGUGCGAAAAGUGCAAAUCAAUCCCAGAACAACAGCAAAGGACCAAUUUGAAGAUGCUGGAGGAAACAGGUACAAAAGUAUCUAUAUCCACAGUAAAAUGAGUCCUAUAUCGACAUAACCUGAAAGGCCACUCAGCAAGGAAGAAGCCACUGCUCCAAAACUGCCAUAAAAAAAGCCAGACUAAAGUUUUCAACUGCACAUAUGGGGACAAAGAUCGUACUUUUUGGAGAAAUGUCCUCUGGUCUGAUGAAACAAAAAUAGAACUGUUUGGCCAUAAUGACCAUCGUUAUGUUUGGAGGAAAAAGGGGGUUGCUUGCAAGCCGAAGAACAUCAUCCCAAACGUGAAGAACGGGGGUGGCAGCAUCAUGCUGUGGGGGUGCUUUGCUGCAAGAGGGACUGGUGCACUUCACAAAAUAGAUGGCAUCAUGAGGAAGGAAAAUUAUGUGGAUAUAUUGAAGCAACAUCUCAAGACAUCAGUCAGGAAGUUAAAACUUGGUCGCAAAUGGGUCUUCCAAAUGGACAAUGACCCCAAGCAUACUUCCAAAGUUGUGGCAAAAUGGCUUAAGGACAACAAAGUCAAGGUAUUGGAGUGGCCAUCACAAAGCCCUGACCUCAAUCCUAUAGAAAAUGUGUGGGCAGAACUGAAAAAGCGUGUGCGAGCAAGGAGGCCUACAAACCUGACUCAGUUACAUCAGCUCUGUCAGGAGCAAUGGGCCAAAAUUCACCCAACUUAUUGUGGGAAGCUUGUGGAAGGUUACCCGAAACGUUUGACCCAAGUUAAACAACUUAAAGGCAAUGCUACCAAAUACUAAUUGAGUGUAUGUAAACUUCUGACCCACUGGAAAUGUGAUGAAAGAAAUAAAAGCUGAAAUAAAUCAUUCUCUCUACUAUUAUUCUGACAUUUCACAUUCUUAAAAUAAAGUGGUGAUCCUAACUGACCUAAGACAGGGAAUAUUUACUAGGAUUAAAUGUCAGGAAUUGUGAACAACUGAGUUUGAAUGUAUUUGGCUAAGGUGUAUGUAAACUUCCGACUUCAACUGUAUAUUCUUAAAAUACUCUUCAAUAUAUUCUUAUGUAUAACACUUUAGAGCUCUUUCGAGAUGACGGGAACAUUUAAGAUGAAGAAAGUGACGUUGGUGGAAGAGGGCUUCAACCCAGCUGCGGUCCAAGAUCCUCUGUACUUCCUAGAUCCAGCUAAGAAAACAUACGUACCACUCACCGAAGAGAUAUACUCCUCCAUAAACACCAGAGAAAUUAAGUUAUAA